CUGCUGAGGGGCUCACCUGCACGGCAACAAAACCCUUGCUCCGCUGAGCUGAGGUCCCUUCUCCCGUCGCCGCCGGGCGAGCGCCGCCCAUCCCGUCCCUCGCCGCCUCCGCCUUCAGUUCACCCUCCAAGCAGGCGCCGCCGCGCGGAGGGUUCGAUCCGUCUUCAAGGGGGGAUAGUCUCUCUUCCGCCAGGAGAGCCGAGAUGAAGCCGGUGGUGGGGAUCGUGGUGUCGAAAAAGAUGCAGAAGUCGGUGGCGGCGGCGGUGGACCUCCUCUUCCACCACAAGGUGUACAAUCGCUACGUCAAGCGCACCUCCAAGUUUAUGGCGCACGACGAGGCUGACGCCUGCAACAUCGGCGACCGGGUUAGGCUGGAUCCUUCCAGGCCCUUGAGCAGACGUAAGCACUGGGUUGUUGCUGAAAUUCUUCGCAGAGCUAAGAUGUAUGUUCCACCAUCUGCAACUGCAUCCAGUGAAAAUGAUACCAAGGCUCAACAGUCUGGUGUUGCUACCAAAUGAUCCGCCUUUAGUUUCUUUGAGGCAAAGACACAGUUGCCUUUUUGUCUAAAAAAAAGACACAGUUGCCUACGUUUUCUGUGUAUGUUAACUUGUGGAAUGUGCAUGCAAUGUUUAAUCCAUAGAAGAAAUAACAUGGCAUCCAUCAUUUUUAACUGACUCGGUUUGCUCUGUAGUGCCCUUUGUUUUAUGGCAGCCAAUGAGGAUGUAAUUACCAGAAUCAGCAAGACCAAUGUAUUCAUAUCACUCGGAGUAUUCCUUCGCUUCCAA